AAAAUACUAACUGAGGAAUGUUUCUUCUGAUAUUCAGACCAGAAUCAGUGACAAAACUGAAGUUUCUUGUACAGCAUGGAUUAAGUACUCUGCGAGCGCUGGAGAAGCAUGGCCUUCAACCUGCCUUAAUUAUACACUGGGCAAGAAGCCUGCAAAAAACAGGCGCUAGCCUGAAAUUUUUCUGUGACCAGAAGGAGUACAUUGGACGAAGUGUCUAUUACUGGAAGAAAAUUCUGAUUAGUUUGGAAACCAUCAAAAAGAACAAAAGUAUUCCUGAACCGACUGAUCCUCUCUUCAAACAUUUCCGUAAUGUGGACAUUCAGGUCUUUCGGGUUGCAGCCUAUGAAGAAGAGGCACGUAUAGCAUUUGCAGUGUUGCAUGCAGUUGAAGGCAGAACUGGUGAUGCUUUCCUAGCAUUUGAAGCUGUGAAGAAUGUGGUUUCAUACUGGAAUCUUGCCGAGCUUUGACAAAGAAAGGCAGAGGAGAUUGAGAGUGAUGAUAUGUUGCCAGAAGAACAAGAAGAACACAAAACCUAUCUUCUUAAAAGAAAGCACUACCUCAUGAAGAUCAUUGAUGAAAGCUCCUCAGAUCUGUCAGUAGCUGACAAAGUAAGUAAUUCUUGCUCAGCA